GUGUUUGUGUGUCCAGCAGGUGGCAGCAGCUUCCGGUGUGUUGCUGGUUUAACAACAGUAGAAGAAGAGACACCGCCUCUGUCAAUUAAACAUGGCGGCUUCCCUGAUGGCCGAGCAGAGUUGUUGAACUUGUCGAUUAUGUUAAAACUACUGCGUUAUUAAGUCUGUCACACUGGUUACAUUUAAUCACAGCUGCUACGACAAAGUAAAGCGUGUGUUUAGCGUGAAGUUCUUGUGUUUAAUGGGAUAAUGAAGACCAUGUUGUCGACAUUGUGAGGACACAAAGAGCAAAAUUAUGGAGCUUUCAGCCGAGGAGGGGGAGACCCCUCAUGAUGCCAUCGAUAUGACCACCAGUGAAAGGGUGGUGGAUCUUCUGAAUCAGGCCGCCCUGAUGACAACAGAUGACAAGCUAACGGUUCUGAAACAGGUCCAGGAGCUGAUUAUCAAUAAAGAUCCUUCUCUUCUUGACAACUUCUUGGAUGAGAUGAUCGCCUUUCAGACUGACAAGUCCAUUGAAGUGAGAAAAUUUGUCAUCGGCUUCAUUGAGGAAGCAUGUAAACGAGAUAAUGAGCUCCUUCUCAGACUGAUCGCCAAUCUGAACAUGCUGCUGAAGGAUGACAGUGUUAACGUGGUGAAGAAAGCGAUUCUCACUCUCACACAGCUCUACAAAGUCACUCUGCAGUGGUUGGUUCGCUCUAAAGCGGUGACAGAGAGGCAGGAGGCAUGCUGGGAUCUGGUCACGCAGAUGAAAGGGGACGUUCUGGCUCUGCUGGACUCUGAAAACGACGGUGUUCGCACUCACGCCAUCAAGUUCACAGAAUCAUUAAUCAUCACUCUGUCACCACGGACCUCCGACUCUGACGUCCCCAAACGGCAGGAGGGCGACACCAGCCUGGACAAAGUCCCCAAAGAUCAUUCAUAUAUUCGUUAUGACGUCCUGUGUGAGGAGGGUAAGAAUGCUCUGGAGCGGCUGCUGAAGUUCAUGGUCCACCCGGCCAUCUCCAGCAUCAACCUCACCACAGCACUCGGCUCUCUGGCCACCAUCGCCCGUCAGAGGCCGAUGUUCAUGUCAGAGGUCGUGCAGGCGUAUGAGACGCUACAUGCCAACCUGCCACCCACCCUGGCCAAGUCUCAGGUCAGCAGCGUGAGAAAGAACCUGAAGUUGCACCUGGUGGCGGUCUUGAAGCACCCAUGCAGUCUGGAGUUCCAGGGUCAGAUCAGCACCCUGCUGCUGGACCUGGGGAUGCCUCAGAGUGAAAUAACCAGAUCUACACCUGCACCAAGAGAGCAGCGCAAAAGACCUCGUCACGAACAAUACACGGAAGGGAAGAAGGUUAAGAUGGAGCCAACCCUGAUUGAAGAUGACGAGGACAAAGAAGAGCCAGCUCCUCUCUCGGUCCCUAAACCAGCUGCUGUUCCUGUCGCUCAGUCUGCCAUCGACCUCACAGCUGAGUUCCUCCACCCGCUGCUCAACCCUGAGAACGUCGCCAACCUGGUGCUCAUCAGCAUGGUGUACCUGCCUGACAUCAUGCCAGCAUCCUUCCAGGCCACAUACACACCUGUUGAGUCAGCAGGUACUGACGCCCAGAUCAAACAUCUAGCCAGGCUGAUGGCAACACAGAUGACUGCAGCUGGGAUCGGUCCAGGACUUGAGCAGUGCAAAGCCAGAGAAGACGACGCAGGCAAAGAGGAAGGCAGCGAGGACGGCCCUGGUGCUAAAGAUCAGCUCAUCAAGCGCAAGUUUCCAGCGGUGAUGGUGGGACAGGCGAUCUCUGUGGUGGGAGGUUACACAGAAAAGACUCCAGCAGAGGCGGCUCCAACUGUCAAGAGGCUUCCUGAACCGAUUCUCCCUACGACACAGACCAAGAUGGCCGGUGCGAGCGGGAGGAAAAAAGUGUUCAGGUUGUCGGAUGUCGUUCAGCCGCUAUCAGAGGCACAGAUCGAAAAGUUGACCUCCAGAGCGGUCAAACGCAUCCUGCACUCAGAGAAGUCGAUCGCUCAGAGUGGCAUGUCCCAUGUCAGAGUGAAGUUGCUCUCCAGACUCGUGACGCAGUUUGAGGGGAUGAUGAAAGAAGACGUGCUGGAGUUCAUUCUGGACGACAUCCGGACGAGGAGCGAUUUGGCCUUUUCUCUCCUCUACCAGGAGUACAACAGUUACCUCAGCCAGCUGCCGUCUGGGCUGCUGGACAGCUACGACCACUGUCUGUACACCCUGCUGUCAGGCCUGCAGGAGAAGCCUGAGCAGAGGGACGGACUUUUCACCAAACUGGUGCUGGAGGCUCCCGUUAUAACAGAAUCAGCGCUGGAAGUGAUCCGACGUUACUGUGAGGACGAGUCUCGGGUGUAUUUGGGCAUGACAACUCUGAAGGAGCUCAUCGUCAAACGACCAUCGAGGCAGUUUCAGUACCUGCACGUCCUGCUGGAUCUCAGCUCACAUGAAAAAGAGAAGGUGCGGACGACCGCCUUGGCUUUUCUCAAGCGUAUGUAUGAGAAGGACCAGCUCAGGGACUACAUCGAGAAGUUUGCUCUGAACUACAUGCAGCUCCUGGUCCACCCCAACCCUCCGUCUCUGCUGUUCGGAGCUGACAAAGACACAGAGGUGGCUGCUCCCUGGACUGAAGACACAGUGAGACAGUGUCUCUUCCUCUACCUGUCUCUGCUGCCUCUCAACCACCGGCUGGUCCACGAGCUGGCUUCUGUCUACACGGAGGCCAUCGCUGACAUCAAGCGCAGCGUGCUGAGAGCGAUAGAGCAGCCUAUCCGUGGGAUGGGGAUGAACUCACCUGAGCUGCUGCUGUUGGUUGAAAACUGUCCUAAAGGAGCCGAGACUUUAGUGACUCGCUGUCUGCACAUUCUGACAGAUAAAGUGCCUCCGUCUCCAGAGCUGGUGGAGAGAGUCAGAGAUCUUUACCACAAACGAGUGCCGGAUGUUCGCUUCUUGAUUCCAGUUAUAAACGGACUAGAAAAGAACGAAGUCAUCCAGGCUCUCCCCAAACUCAUCAAACUCAACCCGAUUGUAGUGAAAGAGGUGUUCAACCGUCUCCUCGGCACUCAGCACAGUGAGGGAAGUUCAUCGGUUUCCCCUCUGACUCCAGGAGAUCUGCUGAUCGCUUUACACAACAUCGACUCAACCAAAUGUGACAUGAAGUCGAUCAUUAAAGCUACCAACCUCUGCUUCGGGGAGAGGAACGUGUACACGUCAGAGGUUCUGGCAGUGGUGAUGCAGCAGCUGAUGGAGCAGAGUCCUCUCCCCAUGCUGCUCAUGCGCACCGUCAUCCAGUCCCUCACCAUGUACCCCCGACUGGGAGGCUUCGUCAUGAACAUCCUGUCACGCCUCAUCGUCAAGCAGGUGUGGAAGUAUCCUAAAGUGUGGGAGGGAUUCGUGAAGUGCUGUCAGAGGACGAAGCCUCAGUCGUACAGCGUCCUCCUGCAGCUGCCGCCUGCUCAGCUGACCAGCGUGUUUGAACGCUGCCCAGAGAUGAGGGAGCCUCUUCUGCAGCACGUCCACUCCUUCACACCUCACCAGCAAGCUCACAUCCCAGCCUCCAUCAUGUUGGUCCUGGAGGGAGAGAAAAAACCAGAACCGAAACCUGUGGAGCCAGUCGUGGAGAAAGAGAUGGAAUCAGAUCCUGCCCCAGCUGAAGAAGAGGCUCCCGCUGCAGAGCUGCCAGAGUCGGAGAAGGAGGUCCAGCAACAUGCAGCCGACACAAAAGACGAAGAAGAACCGAUGGAGCAAGAAGAGUCUGAACCGGUGAUUCAGGAGGAAGCUGCUGAAACUGUUUCACAGGAGGAUGAGAGAACGAGAGAGAAAGAGACACCAUCGCCUCAACCAGAACCAGCAGAGGAAGAGAUGGAGACGACUCAACCUGAACUUUCAGAGGACCAGGAGCCAGAAAAAGAUGCUGAAGCUGUCGUAGCAGCACCCGAUACAGGAAGUGGCAGCGAAGAUGUAGAAUGACCGCUCAGAACAAAUGCACUCAAAGAAAUGAAUGAACAUUUCUCUCCUCUGCAAACAUCCCACAUACUUAUUGCUAAUAAAUAUGUCUUAGUUUUUUUGUAUUUGUAGAAAACGGAUUUUGAUCGAAAAAAAACAAGGUAUCUUUGUUAAUGAAUAAAAUUUCAAAUGCGUCCCUGUUGUAAUGAGUUGGCAAAUAAAUCAACAAAACACGG